CAACCCAAUAUAUAUAUAAAAAAAAAAACUCCAUCUUUUCCAAAACCCAUCUGCAGAAAAUGGCUCUGAUGAGAAGUAUUUUGAGUGCAAAGAAGAUUCUAAGCAGAGGAGCCUCAGCUCCAAAGGGCUUCCUUGCUGUAUAUGUGGGGGAGAGCAAGAGAACGAGGUAUUUGGUCCCGGUCUCGUACUUGAAUCAGCCCGCGUUUCAAGCUCUGCUCAGUAAAGCAGAAGAAGAGUUCGGUUUCAAUCAUCCUACGGGCGGCUUGAUGAUCCCUUGUCCCGAAGCCCUUUUCAUGGAUGUAACUUCCCGGAUCGGAGGAAGACGAUCCUGAGGAAACAUGAACGUUUUUUCUUUUUUUUUUCCCGAUGUAAAGACGGAGAACUC